UUGCACUGAGUGUGGCUGAAGCAGCGAGGCGGGAGUGGAGGUGCGCGGACUCAGGCAGGCAGACAGACACAGCCAGCCAGCCAGGACGGCAGUAUAGUCCGAACUGCAAAUCUUAUUUUCUUUUCCACCUUCUCUCCAACUGCCCAGAGCUAGCGCCUGUGGCUCCCGGGCUAGUGUUACGAGGAGUGCCCAAAGAGCCUGGUCUCCAGCCGCCCCCAGGAGGAGAGCCCUGCUGCCCAGGCGCUGUUGACAGCGCAAAGAACUUUCUCUGCCCGGAGGACCGGAGACAACUGGCCCAGAGUCCCGGAGCGAACUUUUGCAAGCCUUUCCUGCGUCUUAGGCUAUUCGGCGGCGGUAAAGACCAGGAGGCGGCGGACAGCCACGCAAAAGAAGAAGGACGUGCGCUCAGCUUCGCUCGCACCGGUUGCUGAACUUGGGCGAGCGCGAGCCGCGGCUGCCGGGCGCCCCCUCCCCCUCGCAGCGGAGGAGGGGACAAGUCGUCGGAGUCCGGGCGGCCGAGACCCGCCGCUGGUCGGCCUCUGCGGGUAGGCACUGAUCCGCGCCGCCGGGAGAGCCGCUGCUCUGGGAAGCGAGUUCGCCCGCGGACUCCAAGGAACGGCGGCUCCCGAAGAGCGCUCAGUGAGUGACCGCGACUUUUCAAAGCCGGGUAGCGCGCGCGCGAGUCGACAAGUAAGAGUGCGGGAGGCAUCUUAAUUAACCCUGCGCUCCCUGGAGCGAGCUGGUGAGGAGGGCGCAGCGGGGACGACAACCAGCGGGUGCGCGCGCUCUUAGAGAAACUUUCCCUGCCAAAGGCCCCGGGGGGCACGGGUGUCCCCCGCUUGCCAGAGCGCUGUUGCGGCCUCGAAACUUCAGCACGCAGCCCAAACUAACCUCACGUGAAGUGACGGACUGUUCUAUGACUGCAAAGAUGGAAACGACCUUCUAUGAUGAUGCCCUCAACGCCUCGUUCCUCCCGUCCGAGAGCGGAGCUUAUGGCUACAGUAACCCCAAGAUCCUGAAACAGAGCAUGACCCUGAACCUGGCCGACCCAGUGGGGAGCCUGAAGCCGCACCUCCGCGCCAAGAACUCGGACCUCCUCACCUCGCCCGACGUGGGGCUGCUCAAGCUGGCGUCGCCCGAGCUGGAGCGCCUGAUAAUCCAGUCCAGCAACGGGCACAUCACCACCACGCCGACCCCCACCCAGUUCCUGUGCCCCAAGAACGUGACAGACGAGCAGGAGGGCUUCGCCGAGGGCUUCGUGCGCGCCCUGGCCGAACUGCACAGCCAGAACACGCUGCCCAGCGUCACGUCAGCGGCGCAGCCGGUCAGCGGGGCGGGCAUGGUAGCUCCAGCGGUAGCCUCGGUGGCAGGGGGCAGCGGCAGCGGAGGCUUCAGCGCCAGCCUGCACAGCGAGCCGCCCGUCUACGCCAACCUCAGCAACUUCAACCCAGGCGCGCUGAGCAGCGGCGGCGGGGCGCCCUCCUACGGCGCGGCCGGCCUGGCCUUUCCCGCGCAACCCCAGCAGCAGCAGCCGCCGCCGCAGCCGCCGCACCACCUGCCCCAGCAGAUGCCCGUGCAGCACCCGCGGCUGCAAGCCCUGAAGGAGGAGCCUCAGACAGUGCCCGAGAUGCCUGGCGAGACGCCGCCCCUGUCCCCCAUUGACAUGGAGUCCCAGGAGCGGAUCAAGGCGGAGAGGAAGCGUAUGAGGAACCGCAUUGCUGCCUCCAAGUGCCGAAAAAGGAAGCUGGAGAGAAUCGCCCGGCUGGAGGAAAAAGUGAAAACCUUGAAAGCUCAGAACUCGGAGCUGGCGUCCACGGCCAACAUGCUCAGGGAACAGGUGGCACAGCUUAAACAGAAAGUCAUGAACCACGUUAACAGUGGGUGCCAACUCAUGCUAACGCAGCAGUUGCAAACAUUUUGAAGAGAGACUGUUGGGGGCUGAGGGGCAACGGAGAAAAAAAAUAACACAGAGAGACAGACUUGAGAACUUGACAAGUUGCGACGGAGAGAAAAAAGAAGUGUCCGAGAACUAAAGCCAAGGGUAUCCAAGUUGGACUGGGUUGCGUCCUGACGGCGCCCCCAGUGUGCACGAGUGGGAAGGACUUGGCGCGCCCUCCCUUGGCGUGGAGCCAGGGAGCGGCCGCCUGCGGGCUGCCCCGCUUUGCGGACGGGCUGUCCCCGCGCGGACGGAACGUUGGACUUUUCGUUAACAUUGACCAAGAACUGCAUGGACCUAACAUUCGAUCUCAUUCAGUAUUAAAGGGGGGAGGGGGAGGGGGUUACAAACUGCAAUAGAGACUGUAGAUUGCUUCUGUAGUACUCAUUAAGAACACAAAGCGGGGGGGGAGGGCUGGGGAGGGGCGGCAGGAGGGAGGUUUGUGAGAGCGAGGCUGAGCCUACAGAUGAACUCUUUCUGGCCUGCCUUCGUUAACUGUGUAUGUACAUAUAUAUAUUUUUUAAUUUGAUGAAAGCUGAUUACUGUCAAUAAACAGCUUCAUGCCUUUGUAAGUUAUUUCUUGUUUGUUUGUUUGGGUGUCCUGCCCAGUGUUGUUUGUAAAUAAGAGAUUUGGAGCACUCUGAGUUUACCAUUUGUAAUAAAGUAUAUAAUUUUUUUAUGUUUUGUUUCUGAAAAUUCCAGAAAGGAUAUUUAAGAAAAUACAAUAAACUAUUGAAAAGUACUCCCCUAACCUCUUUUCUGCAUCAUCUAUAGAUACUAGCUAUCUAGGUGGAGUUGAAAGAGUUAAGAAUGUCAAUUAAAAUCACUCUCAGUGCUUCUUACUAUCAAGCAGUAAAAACUGUUCUCUAUUAGACUUUAGAAAUAAAUGUUCCUGAUGUACCUGCUUCUAUGGUCAGGUUAUACUCUUCUUCCCCCAGCUAUCUAUAUGGAAUUGCUUACCAAAGGAUAGUGCGAUGUUUCAGGAGGCUGGAGGAAGGAGGGGGGUGUUGCAGUGGAGAGGGACAGCCCACUGGGAAGUCAAACAUUUCAAAGUUUGGGACUGUAUCAAGUGGCAUGUGCUGUGACCAUUUAUAAUGUUAGUAGAAAUUUAACAAUAGAUGCUUAUUCUCAAAGCAGGAAUUGGUGGCAGAUUUUACAAAAGAUGUAUCCUUCCAAUUUGGAAUCUUCUCUUUGACAAUUCCUAGAUUAAAAGAUGGCCUUUGCUUAUGAAUAUUUAUAACAGCAUUCUUGUCACAAUAAAUGUAUUCAAAUACCAAUA